AUGGCCACCCCUCCUCCCGACCGCCGCCCCAUUGUCAUCUCUGGCCCCUCUGGAGUUGGCAAAGGCACGCUGUACAAUCUCCUGUUCCAGCGCUAUCCUGAUACCUUUGUCCUCUCCGUCUCCCACACGACCCGGGCCCCUCGCGAUGGUGAGCAGGAUGGCGUUCACUACCACUUUGUCCCCAUGAAGGAUUUUGAGGACCUUAUUGCCGGUGACGGCUUUGUUGAGCAUGCUACUUUUGGCGGAAAUCGCUACGGUACAAGUAAGAUGACCAUUGCGGAGCAGGCCAAGAAGGGCAAGGUUGUCCUGCUUGACAUAGAGAUGGAGGGCGUCAAGCAAAUCAAAAACUCCAACAUCGAGGCUCGCUACAUUUUCAUCUCCCCCCCGUCCCUCGAAGUCCUCGAGUCCCGUCUGCGUGGGCGCGGAACCGAAAAUGAGCAGAGCAUCCAGAAGAGACUGGCCCAGGCCACGAACGAGCUUAACUAUUCCCAGGUUCCUCAUGUCCACGACAAGAUCAUUGUCAAUGCAGACCUUGAGAAGGCCUACAAAGAGUUGGAGAAAUACAUCUACCAACCCCUCAGCGGGUAA